ACAAGGCCUACGGUUUGAAAGCUCUCAGGGCCCAGGCGAGCUGUAACGCUAGCUACUUUUCGAACAAAGUUGAAAUAUUUCCCCGCAAAUCCAAGUGUGUACCGGGCCAUUCAAUCCCAAAAGGCACGCGCCGCUCGUCUCGACAAUGCGGUUGCUAAGAGGAGCGCGGAGUCGCCGGGACGCGGAGGAGCAGAUGUGUUUUUGAAUGGCAUUGUUGUACCGCAUCUUGCCGGAGUUGACUUGAACUCCACGCAAGGAGAAAGACGAGGCUAGCUGGCUAAACCCGCUAGCCGCUAGCUGGUUAACUCGCUAGCGGCUAUCUAGUCAACUCGCGUGCUAGUCACUUCCUUGUUGCACAUUGGGGUGUGAUGGAAGGAGUGAAGAAGUUUGUGGGAAGGAGGGAUAGUUUUUCCACCCGACUUUAACUUUAUCCGGCGAAUGGAUUUAAAUGCUUACUUGAAGUGCAGCCUUUGUGGGGAAGCUGAUCUUUAAAUUUGGAGGGUCUCUGGGCCUGAGCUUUGGGCAUGAAAAGGAAUGCGACUGUCUAGCUGGGCACAGUUAGCUACUGGUGGCUAGCCAGGCUAAUUUGACUAGCACUAGCUAGCAAAUCUGGGAGAUGUUCAGCCCGGGAACACAAUGGUUGAUUGUCGGCUGGCUCCGUGAGUAAACACUUAAUAGUGGGUUUUGUACGAGCGUGGACGUUGCUAUGGACAAAUGUGAUGGAUUAUCAUCUGGAAUAACACUCCGAGCUGGUCAGUGACAAGCCUCCAGCGAGCUGGGUCUGGAAUGCUAACCUUAUGCUCGUAAUUUAACGUUAGCUGGCUAGCAGGGCUGGCUGUGUAAUUGUGAAAUUGCUGUUACGUUAGCUAACUAGCUCGCUAUUCGGCUAGCCAAAUGUUUUGUUUCACGUUGCACCGAGGGCCAUAGCUUAAGCGGAGAUCUAUAGCAUAAAGAAUAUUCCCGAACGUGGCUAAAUUUGAUAUUUUAGAAAUAAAUGCCUAAUUCGGAGGUGCUUCGUGAGGGUCGGGGAAGGAGCCCCUCUGCACAGAGAAAUGCUAAUAGACAGGACAGGCGCAGUAAACCUGGAAGCGGAGCUGUUCAGAGAGAGAGACACCGUGAGAAGAGGCGGUCAUCGGCUUCCAGGAGAAAGAAACGCAGACAGGCCAGGGAGAGAGACUCAUGGCAUGCCGGUACACCAGAAGAGCAAGAUAGUGAACGAAAAGGCACUUUGGAAAGAGAGGGCGAACUUCGGACUUUAGUGGAGUAUGAUGACGUGAGCUCCCAGUCGGAGCGUUUUUCUGGGAGCCCCUCUCCUAAACUUGACCCACAUGCUGAUAGGCUCUCAGUGGACCGACUCAGCGAUGUUGACUUGGUUAACUACAAUGGACCAGCAUCCCCUGACAGAGGUCACCCGAGAGAUCGGGAUGUAGUGCACGCCUCAAAGGACGAGCAAACCAGAGGACCAUCGGAGAAGGGCAGACAAGAGAAGGAACCAAGAAAAAAGGACCGUCAGAGCCGCGAGAGAGACUCCUCCAAAGCUCGAAGUGGAGGUAGCAUAAGUGGCUCUAAAAACAACCGGGACACUACAAGGGGCAGUGACAAAAAUGGCAAAAGGACAUCUGCAACUCAGCCCCCACUGUCUGUGGAGAAAAGGGAUUCCAAAAGGCACAGAAGUAAAACAAGAUCUGAGAGAUCUGACAAAGAACCCCCAUCUGCAUACAGAGAUGCUCCACAGUCUUACAGAGAUGACCGUGAAGACCUCAGGGCAUACAGGAGGAGUCCUGGUUUCAAAGCAGAAAGUCCCUAUGGGACAUCAUAUACAUAUGGCUACCAGUCUCCGGGCGGCUAUAACCAGCUGAUAUCUAGACGAAGCCCAACUUAUGGGAGCAAAAGACUGUCUCCAAGUUCAACGUAUUAUGGUCGGGAUUCAGAGCUGUAUGGGGCAUACAGCGUUUCAAAAUCACCCAGUUCAUACUCAAGCAACAAACGGAAGCGGUCCCCAGUGAGUCCAGUGAGCUGGCGCAGGUCUCCAAGUUAUGGCCGACAUAGUCCAUAUGAACAGGGGGAGUUUGGUUCAAGUCCAUAUGGAAACCGCAGGAGAUCACGAAGUCCAUACAGAAAGUCACUGAGCCCAAGUCCUGAUGUCAGGCGAUCCGCCAGGUCACGUAGCAGAAGUCCAUACUCAUCCUCAAGACAUUCACGUUCUCGCAGCCGUCACCGCCACUCUCGCUCCCGCAGCCGCCCCUCUAGCCUUUCACCUAGCACCAUCACCUUCAAAACCAGCCUGGCUGCUGAACUCAGCAAGCAGAAGAAGGCUAAAGCUGCAGAAGCAGCAGCCAGGGCCAAGAGCUCCAGCAACACCUCUACUCCCACCAAGGGUCCCUCAUCUGCGCACCAGCCCAGUCCCAAGUCUAAUCAUACAUCCAGGAAGGGCCGCCCUCCCUCUCCACCACAACCUGAGAAAGGUCCCAGGACUCCCACAUCCAGCCAGCCUCAGUCCCCCACUGAGCGGCCCUCCAAACGGCCCGCCGAGCACCAGCCGAACAGGGACAGAGAACGAGAUGGAAAAGGGAAGGAUGACUCUGUGCAUCGGGACAAGAGGAAAGCACCAGCUCCUGGACAGAGCAAAGACAAGGAGCGUGUAACUGGCCCCGUCAUCUCAACACUAUCAUCUCUACCGUUGGCCCAAACUGUUCUUGAGCACAUAGAUAAAGGAGAAAGUUUGAAGGACAGCUUGCUCUCAGGGAAGAAAAAGCCAGAGCGCAAGGCCCGUCAGCUUCUGACCGACUUGCCUCUCCCCCCUGAGCUUCCAGGUGGCACAUCCUCCCCGCACAGCCCACCUGAGGAGAAAAAGACACUUCGCCGCAGGCCUAAAAUCUGUGGCCCACGGUUUGGUGAGAUUAAGGAAACUGAAAUAGAUUGGGGCAAACGCUGUGUGGACAAGUUUGAAAUCAUAGGAAUCACAGGCGAGGGCACAUAUGGCCAGGUGUACAAGGCUAAAGACAAAGACACUGCUGAAAUGGUGGCUUUGAAGAAGGUUCGAUUGGACAAUGAAAAGGAGGGCUUCCCAAUCACAGCCAUCAGAGAGAUCAAGAUUUUGCGACAACUCAACCACAAGAGCAUCAUAAACAUGAAGGAGAUUGUUACAGACAAGGAGGAUGCUCUGGACUUCAAGAAUGACAAAGGUGCUUUCUAUCUUGUAUUUGAAUACAUGGACCACGACCUGAUGGGUUUGCUAGAGUCCGGCCUGGUUCACUUCAACGAGAGCCACAUCAAGUCUUUCAUGAGACAGCUGCUGGAGGGCCUCGACUACUGCCACAAGAAAAACUUUCUGCACAGAGACAUCAAGUGCUCCAACAUCCUGCUCAACAAUAAGGGUCAAAUAAAGCUUGCAGACUUUGGCCUGGCUCGGCUAUAUAACUCUGAAGAGAGUCGACCAUACACCAAUAAGGUGAUCACACUGUGGUACCGGCCUCCGGAGCUGCUCUUGGGAGAAGAGAGGUAUACACCAGCUAUUGAUGUGUGGAGCUGCGGAUGCAUUCUUGGAGAGCUUUUCACAAAGAAACCUAUCUUUCAAGCUAACCAAGAGCUUGCCCAGUUAGAGCUCAUCAGUCGAAUCUGCGGCAGCCCCUGUCCUGCUGUCUGGCCAGAUGUGAUCAAGCUUCCCUUCUUUAACACCAUGAAACCAAAGAAACAGUACCGGAGACGAUUACGGGAAGAGUUUGCUUUUAUCCCUCCAUCAGCCUUGGACCUGUUUGACCAUAUGCUAAACCUGGAUCCCAGCAAGCGCUGCACAGCUGAACAGGCACUUGGCAGUGAGUUCCUCAAGGAUGUGGACCCAGACAAGAUGCCACCACCAGAUCUUCCACUGUGGCAAGACUGUCAUGAGCUGUGGAGUAAGAAACGUCGGCGGCAGAAACAGAUGCCAGAGGAGCUGGCAGCCCCUAAGGCCCCCCGUAAAGAGCUGGGCCUUGAUGACAGCCGUAGUAACACUCCUCAGGGCUUCCCCGCUCCUGGAGGCAUCAAAGCCCAGAAUGUGUCUGCUUCUGCGCUGCUGGAUCCAAAGGCUCCCAACUCACAGUUGACCCAGGAGCAACUGGCUGUCCUCCUUAACUUCCUUGGCCAGCCCAAGAGUGCAGGCAACACAGCCCAGUUUGUUCAGGCUAUGAGCUCAAAGGUCAACCAGGAGACACUGCAGCAGCUCUGCAAAGUCCUCGCUCCCACUGACCCAGAAAGACCCGCUGAGCCUCCUCCUCAGCCCACACCCACAAAGCCUCCACAGCCCUCUGCUCCAGCAGGGGUGCCCCGCACACCCCCUAUGCCCAAGCCUCCUUCACCACCUCUGUCCGCACCAUCAGGUGUUCCAGAAGGAGAGGCUGCAGCCGCCACCCAGACAGCCAUGACCGUCCUGCUGGCUCAGCUCCUUCAGGCUCAGCAGGCUCAGAGGCAGGAACCUUGUGACGGUGGAGACGGGACAGAGAGUAUAAACCCUGCAGCAGGAUCAUCUGGGGGAACAGAGGUCAAACAGCCCCCAGAGCCCAGCCCAGUCUCUCCAGUGUCUGAGGUAGGUGGUGUGUCCAUCCUCCCUCCAGACCAGAGACCCCCCGAGCCUCCAGAGCCUCCUCCACAUGCAGACUUGGACUACCGACAGCCACCGCCUGAGCCCAAGACGGGCCAUGCGCCUCCUAUUGCAUCUACAGUUGGAAGUGACGGAGGGAGACCCCCAGAGCCAGAUUACCCACCGCUCCCGACUCCAGAAGGGCCAGGAUAUGGGGGAGACUACAGUCAUCCGCCUCCUCCACCCUUUACUCCUGCAGGGUUUGGGGAGAGCUACAUGGGUCACAUGUUAGGUGGGGGCCUCCCGCCUCACACCCUGAGAGAGGUGUUCGGCGGGGCUGCCCAGGCCACCAGUGCCUCCUCAGCUGCAGGGGCGCUGCCAGCUCACCAGGACCCGUACCCUCCAGGCACAGGAUCUGCAGGACCCAGCAGCAUGGUGUUCACUGGGGACAAGGACCACCGAUUUGAGUACAAUCACAGCCCCUUACCUGUGGAGGGACAGCCUAAUCCCACUGCUAUCCAUCUGUACAACCACACUAUGGGUAGAAAGGAUGGUGUACCCCCUCCCCCACCCAUCCCUGCACCAGGCCAAUCUUGGGGUUCCCCUUCCCAGGCGGGGGCUCCACCACUUCCCCUUGGCUUUGUCCCGCAUGUGAACUCAACAACAGCAAUCAGAGGGCGAGGCCUGCCCUUCUGAUAGACUUUGGAUAGGAAUUGGCAGUUUAUGACAAUGGACAUAGACUAGAGGACUCAAAAUAUUGAGCCCGAAGCCUCUCAGGCCAGACCAGAGGGAUCUGGAGAUGCACACUCAAUUUGUAAUAACUUAAAUCUGUGUAAGGCAUUGUAUUCCUCCUCUAUCUGGAAUGUGGAGUACGUUGUAGAAGGACAGCAAAAUAACAACGGAGGAGCUUUUCUUGCUCAUACCAUUUUCAUAUUUUUUUGUAAUCUAUUCUGCUGUCUUUUAAAUUAAACUUUUACCUUUUUUGAGUGUACAUUUAUCAGGCCAGGUAAAUUUUAAAUCCCUACCUUUGCCUUUCUGUAAUUGCUCCAGGGCAGACUAGUAUUAAUGUUUUGCACUACUGACUCAAGUAGGCGGAAACUAUUUUAGCUAUGAAAGGAAAUGAAUGAUGUGCUUUAUAUGCACAAUUAGGAAUAUGACCAGUAAUGUAGUUUUACUCUUUUUGGUCAAGACUAUGUUGAAACAAUGAUGGCUCAGUUGAUUGGGUUAAUGGCUUUGGGUAACAGGAUGAGGUGUCUGAAAAGGACUGUUGAUCCCAGAAAGACUGGUAGCACUUGGAUGACUGCAGUAAAACUGAUAGCUACUGAAUGACUUGAUGGAGAAAGGCUGUUUUCACUUUAAAUUCCACACGCCUUUUUGCCAAUAGCCAUUGUAAAAUCAUAAGCAAAACCGAAACGUAUAACCCAACUUCAAAAAGGAGACAAACAGUGUCUUUUUUGUACUAAAAUGAUUUUGUCCCACCCCACCCCUUUAGCAAAUGUUUAUUAAAGAAAUGCCAACAAUG